GUGGAGGCAGUAACUCUAUACUUUCAUGCUUUUUCACUGCCACGCAGGCACACUGAAGUCGACCAACCGCAGUGCAUGGGUGGGAUCAUCACGAACAGUCUGGCAGCCACGUAGCUAGCUAACAACAUUAGCAUUAGCUGCAGCUAGCCUCAGCGAACGUCACGAUGGACUUGCCACAUCAGGGGUACCGAGCAAAUAAACCGAGGGCUCGUGCAGCUCCUCCAACAGCCGAUUCUAUCCUGUUUGAUGACACCAGCUCUGCAGCACUGAAUAACCAAGGUUACUACACUCCUGCGUACAAUAUGGCAGGACCCUCAAAUGACAUGCAAGGAGGGGCAGUGCCGAACAACGUCUUUGCUGACCCAAUGGCCAACGCUGCAAUGAUGUACGGCUCCUCAAUAGCCAAUCAAGGAAAAGAUAUGGUGAACAAAGAGAUCAGCAGAUUCAUGUCUGUGAACAAGUUGAAAUACUUCUUUGCGGUGGACACCAGAUAUGUAUUGAAGAAACUCAUGAUCCUCAUGUUCCCCUACACGCAUCAGGAUUGGGAGGUUCGUUACCAUCGAGACGCUCCACUGACUCCAAGACAGGAUGUGAAUGCACCAGAUCUUUACAUUCCAACGAUGGCAUUUAUUACCUACAUUUUACUUGCCGGAAUGGCCCUUGGCAUUCAAAAACGGUUCAGUCCAGAGGUUCUUGGACUGUGUGCCAGCACCGCCCUCGUGUGGGUCAUCAUCGAGGUCUUGUUGAUGUUGUUGAGUUUGUACCUACUGACGGUACACAGCGACCUCUCGACCUUUGAUCUCAUUGCCUACAGUGGAUACAAAUACGUUGGGAUGAUCUUCACAGUGUUGUGUGGCUUACUGUUCGGCAGUGACGGUUAUUAUGUGGCACUUGCCUGGUCGUCUUGCGCCCUCAUGUUCUUCAUUGUUCGAUCUCUGAAAAUGAAGAUCCUUCCCUCGCUCUCCUCGGACUCCAUUGGAACUGGACCAAGUGCAAAACACCAAUUCCGCCUUUAUAUCACUGUGGCGACUGCUUUGUUUCAGCCCAUCGUAAUAUACUGGUUAACCUCUCAUCUGGUCAGGUGACCGUGAUGCAUCCAAUAACUUGAAGUCCAAUUUAAUUGGAGCCAAAAUAUUUUGUUGUUGAGUGUUUGUACACCUGCCUUUAUAUGCUCAUUUGUCAGUAAACUCAAAACGUAUGUAGAUGAGGUCGAACAGCAAAGUGUGUUGAGCUUAUUAAUGAAAAGUGUUUCUCUGAUUUAACCAAACUGAAGUGUGAAAUAGAAAAUGUCUCCAUGUAAAUCGAUUCUGAGAAAUACUUAUUUUUGGCCACCUAACCUGGAAGACAAGGGCUUUCUUAAUGAGAUCCUUUUAUUCAUGACUUUGAUUGAGCAGGUUUCCUCUUUUUUUAUGUCUUGCACCCAUUUUACAGUGUUCUCACACACAUUUCACGAAUGAUUCAAGUAACAUGGUUUUGGUAGGGCGGGUACAUUGCUGCAUUAUUCCUCUUGCGAGUCUUUGAUCGUAUUUAUCUACAUUUGAAAAAAGCAUGAAAAUGUUUGGAUUUUUUUAGUAGAAAAAAAUAAAUAUUUAGCUUUGUGUACUCAA